AUGAAUCAGACAAUUCCCGAAAAUGAAGGCAGGUCUGCCGUUCGGUUCCGUUUGUUUGCCUCACAAGAAACAGAUGAACACGAUGCUCGUGGUGAUGCUGUUGCUUUGGUAGUUGAACAUUUGCAACCGUGGUAUUGUGGAUGUAUAAAAGGUUUUGGAACUAGGGAACCAAUCGAAAAUGUGUUUUUCAGGGGAUUUUCAAAUUCCGCAUCGUAUACAUUAGCCUAUUUAUUUGUGAACAAAUGUGGGGAAGAACUGAAAACUUCUGAAGUUCCAUUUGACGAGAAUUAUUGCUGUGCAAUUGAUGCUUUCUUUUGGUGUGCCGAAGUUAUGUACUAUUUGGAUAUAAAUCUUGACAAUUUAGCUGACAAUUCAGAUUUGCUGCAUGUUCAAUCGUGCUGGAAGUGUUGCCUACAGCGAGAUGGCAGUGACUCUUGGAGUGAAGCACAUUUGCAUACAUCGAAGCGAUUUACUGCUUCUAUGGAUUGCUCUCCACCAUUAGAUCUGACGGUUAACGGGACUCACGUUAUUGUGUUUCGUAAUGUAUCUCGCCAGACGCAGUGUUUACAUUUUUUAUAUUUCAUUUUUGGUGAAGGAACUGUCGGUCGAGGUGUUGCUAUGAGAUACAAAGACAAGGUGAAUAGUAUUAUUCGACGUUGUCAGCUUACGAAAAUUGAGGCGAAAAAGCAUUUAGUGAUGUGGUCACUGCAGUGCGCAGUUGAUUUAAGUACAGAAUUUGAUUAA